CCCGUACCGCUCGUGCUCAUAGUCUUCUUGGAGUUGCAGAGUCAGCUGUGGUACCAGCGCCGCCUGAUGAUGAAGUUCUUUAUCAAGAUGUGGAUGGAGUCCCAGAGUCUCAUGAGUCUGUGGCGGUUCCCCAACGUGGAUCUUAUCACGCUUGCCCCUGUGGUGCCUGCUGAGGUCAAGAAUCUUUGUUCCAUGAAUAAGACGGCCAUAAUCCGAGCGCACCGUGCUCGGGCUUGGGCGAAGUACGAGAAGUGGUAUGGUUCUUUGUCUGCCGAGCUUCGCCCUUUGGCCUGCGCGCUCAGAGAGGAUCACACCGAGACCAAGCAUUACUGGAGUAACUCCGAAAGGCGCAAAAUGACACAGCUUCGUUUCAUUUGCUCGAAGUGUGGCAAGACGCGUCCCAUCCACUUGUUUGUCCCCGCGGCUGCCUGGACGCCUUGCGGUUCGAGGGUCGGCAUUCACGUCAAAGACGCCCACGCCAAGAUCAUGUCGGCGGCCCAGUUGGCGAAGAUAAAAGAUGCCAAGGAGAAGGCGAAGGAGAGGAGUCGGGCCAAGACUCGGGCUCAGCCUGGCCGCUUCACUGGCAGGUUCAAUAUUUCCUGGAAUAACAUGUCCCCUGAGGCUACGGAGAAAUAUAGGGUGAGGCAGCGCGAGUGCAACAAGCUGCACGGCAAGCGCAACAAGGCAAAGUACCAUGCGAAGCUCGCUGCCAAGCGG